CGUCCUGUUCCAUCCGCUUCUGGGAGCCGGCAGCCGGCCUCCCUGGGCUGACCUGCGCCCCUCGGUUCUGAGCCUGUGUUCCCCUACGGGGUGCUCGGACAGAUUGAAGCCAUGGCCAUUCUUUUUGCUGUUGUUGCCAGGGGAACCACUAUCCUUGCCAAACAUGCUUGGUGUGGAGGAAACUUCCUGGAGGUGACAGAGCAGAUCCUGGCUAAGAUACCAUCUGAAAACAACAAACUAACAUAUUCACAUAGCAAUUAUUUGUUUCAUUAUAUCUGCCAAGACAGGAUUGUAUAUCUUUGUAUCACUGAUGAUGAUUUUGAACGCUCCCGAGCCUUCAAUUUUCUGAAUGAAGUAAAGAAGAGGUUCCAGACUACUUACGGUUCAAGAGCACAGACAGCACUCCCAUAUGCCAUGAAUAGCGAGUUCUCAAGUGUCUUGGCUGCACAGCUGAAGCAUCACUCUGAGAAUAAGGGCCUGGACAAAGUGAUGGAGACUCAAGCCCAGGUGGAUGAACUGAAAGGAAUCAUGGUCAGAAAUAUAGGUAUGUUUCAAUGGCAUAGUUUCAUCAUGAGAACAAAAAUGAUAACAGAUUACUUGAUUAAUUAA